GGGGGCGCCGGGGCGCUCCAGGCUGCGGUGCAGAGAAGGGCCCUGGGAAAGGGCGGCGUCGGCUCACGGUCCGGGGCGGGGCCGAGGCGGGGCCCAAAGACCAACUCCACGGUCCGCAGGGCUGAGACCCCGCAGCCAGCUCUCGCCAUGAAGCGGCCCAGGGCGCCCAGUGGCUCCGACGGAGAGUCUGAUGGACCCAUCGACGUGGGUCGGGAGAACGAUCUCAGCCAGAUGGCCGGGCCGCUGACCACCCCCAGCCCCUCGCAGAUGCAAGCCCGGAAGAAGCGCAGAGGGAUCAUAGAGAAACGUCGCCGAGACCGCAUCAACAGCAGCCUUUCUGAAUUGCGACGACUGGUCCCCACUGCCUUUGAGAAACAGGGCUCCUCCAAGCUGGAGAAGGCGGAGGUCCUGCAGAUGACGGUGGAUCACCUGAAGAUGCUCCAUGCCUCCGGUGGCACAGGGUUCUUUGAUGCCCGAGCCCUGGCUGUUGACUUCCGGAGCAUUGGUUUUCGGGAAUGCCUCACUGAGGUCAUCAGAUACCUGGGGGUCCUGGAAGGACCCAGCAGCCAUGCCGACCCUGUCCGGACUCGCCUUCUCUCCCACCUCAACAGCUACGCAGCUGAAAUGGAGCCCUCCCCGACACCCACUGGUGCCCUGGCCUUCCCUGUGUGGCCCUGGUCCUUCCUUCAUAGCUGUCCAGGGCUGCCUUCCCUGAGCAGCCAGCUUGCCAUUCUGGGAAGAGUGCCGGGCCCUGUCCUCCCCAACGUCUCCUCUCCCACUUACCCCAUCUCAGCCCUCAGGUCGGCCCCAGUGCACAGAGCUGCUGGCACCGUCCUGCCAGCCCGGCGGAAUCUGAUGCCCAGCCGAGGGGCAGCUCCUGCCCAGAGGGCACAUCCUCCUGAGAGGCCAGCCGCCCCUCCGGCCACAGCCCUCGCUGUCAGGGCUGCCAGGAGCAACCACGUGGUCCCCAUCCUGCCAUGUUCCUCCCCGGCAGCUCCUGGAGCUGGGAAACUUGCCGACAGUGUGUCCGCUUCCGUCUCCAGUCCAUCUCCUCUGGGGCCAACUGGGAGGUCAGUGGGGGCAGUGCUCUACCACUCCUGGGUGUCCGAAAUCACUGAAAUUGGGGCUUUCUGAGCUGACUCCCCAGAUCAUCCCUUAGGAAUGAGGAAGGAUCUCUAAAAAACGGUGCCGCCUUUUCCAAUUUGUCUUCUAGAAUGGCUUCUAUGCAAAGGCACCCCUCCUCACCCAUCCGGCCUCACCGCCAACCCUACCGCCCACCCGGUUCCCCUGCAGAGCUCAAAGCCUUAGUCUCAUUCCCCACUGGCACAGAUGAGUUAGAUGGUACCUUGUGCCCCCCUAGACAUUGUGAACCCAGUACACACAUGUACCUUGGGUCUGGGGUUGGAGCUUUAACUUUAAGGAUUCCCUAGCCAGAGGCAGGCUGUUCCCACGAGGAGGUGAGACUCCCAGUCAGGGGGACUGGUGGGAUUCGGCCAUCCCAGGCCAACGGGAUGAAAUGUGCUGUCUGCUCCACUUCCUGAAGACAGAAAUGAAGCAGAGGCUACUGAGAUGUCUCUGUCGUGGACCCCGUAACAGCGAAAACACAGGACAGAUCUGUUCUCCAGUGCAUCUAAGGCCUGCAGCUAUGGCCGUCCCAGCUUCAGACGCCCACAUGACCACCUGUUGGCUUAACAAGCCAGGCCAGGAUGAUUCUCCACAGCAGCAAAGCUCUGUGACAGGGUAUCCUUACUACCAGGUUUCCACAGUGCCAGGGCCGAGGGCAGCGGGAGAGCCCAGCUCCCUGUCUCUUGGGCACCAUGCUCCAGGACUAUGGCCCUUCCCACAGGGCUCUCAGUGGGACCUGUGGCCCCCGAUGGUGGCACCCACAAGAGGCAUCCUCUUGGGAUUCGGCACCAGACAUCUGAGCUGCCUGGUUCGCAUCCGGCUCCCAGAGCCCAGACUGCUGCCACAGCCAAGGGCUGUCAGGCUGGAUAAAAAUAACUUGGAGGGGGGGGGAAGAACAAUCAGAGGCGGCUGGGCUCUUCAAGGUCAUGCAGUGGGUCCAGGGCCUGAGAGCCUGCUCACCCAGAUUUCACACAGCUGGCUCUGCUCAGAGGGCAGCUCCGCCUCAGGCCACUCGCCUCUGAUGGGAAUACAUGGCCAGUGGAACAGCAGAGGCCGAACCAACACUUAAGGUUGCCCUAGCACUGGACAAAGUGUGGAAACCUUACUGUCCUCGUUGGUGGCCACCUGCUCCCCACAGUGCCCCCGAGGACCACCCAACGUGCCCACUGGAAGCACACUGGUUAAUCCCUGGCAAAGCCGAGACUGUGGGGACUUGGAACUGGUUAGUCACUGAUGCUUGGGCCGUGCUGAUCGUGAAAUGCUUUCAAGGUCACCCUGGACCCCAGCCCCAGCCUUUGAUAGAACCACGGUCCCCAUAGCUGUAAUAAGGAGCCUGUGGGCACAAAAUUAAAGUUUGCAAAAGCUGUGGAGUGAAAGGGUCAUUUCAGAAUAGUGGAACAGAGGCAAAGGUCACCUGAGUGACCCAGCAAGCGCUUCUGAGUAGGUCAAGAGGAGAUAAAGAGUCCCUUCACUCCCUAAUGAAAGCAAGGUCUUUUUUUCUUUUUUGAGACAGGGCUUCUCUGUGUAGCCCUCGCUAUCCUGGACUCGCUUUGUAGACCAGGCUGGCCUCGAACUCACAGUACUCAGUCUGCCUCUGCCUCCCUGAGUGCUGGGAUUAAAGAUGUGUGCCACCACGCCUGUCGAAAGCAAGUUCUUUGAUAUGGCUGUCACAUUGGACCCAUCUGAGGGUGUCCCCGUGGGUUACGGGCCCACUGAGAGAGACAGAUACAGGGACACUGGAACAUCCUGCCAGCUCCUGCGAGUGGGGAGAGGAGGUGGUAGAAGGCCCUGGGUAUUAGCCUCCAACAGCAGGCCUGCAGUUUGGCAAGCUCCUAGCCAGAGAUUCAGUGUCCACUCACAGCCUUGCCAUGGGAAACACAUUUCCAUGUUGCAGGUACUUGAACCGCAGAGCAGUCUUGACACCACAGAAAUGUGGCAGAAGCGGCUGGACCCUUUGGGCAUCCAUCCUGACUGGUUUUGGGUUUGUUCUCCCAGGAGACUGGGCAGGUGGCACCCACACCCAGCUGAGAAUUCUGGUCCCCUGUUUGCAACUUUUCUGGUGGCCCCCAACACUCUCAUCCCACUGCAAGGUGUUGCAGACCAGCAAUAAAGACAUUUAGUUCUGAAACUUCCACCAAA